AUGAUAACAUGUACGAAUUUACGAGCUCAAAUGGAACUUUCUCGCGCAAUCUCCCUUUAUUCAGCUGUUAUUUUCAUCGUUUUGUCUCUUGGGAUAAUAUUGCGAAUAAAAAUUGAGAGAGGGAAAUCAGUCAUCUGAACAACCUAAUGAAGGACCUUUCAUGCAGGGCUUCAUGGAUAAGAUUCCGGAAAAUUCGUCUGGCAAUACAAAAUUUCUCAGCGGCUGUAAACUUCUCAUUAUUUUCCCAUUUUUCUACCCAUCUGUCUCCGCAAAAGACCAGAUACGUGGCUUUUUCAUCUUGGGAUUCUGCCCCAUUUUGUUUCUCUCCGGUAAAACAGCUAGUUGAUUCCUUCCCAUCCGCGCAGAGAAAAAUCAUGCAUUUCAGGUUGCUGAAUCGGCAACAAAAAUUGAGAUUUUCCAGCAGUGCUUUAGUGACUUUGAAGUCAGACGACUGCAUGGCAAGAUUUUCCUUCGACGAGCGACCUGAGGCGAAUAAUGGAAAUCGGAUAAAAGUAAAGGAGCGGACAAAACGGGUGAAGAAGUCCAGGAGAGCAAAGUUGAAAGAACUUCGAUUUUUCCGCUUGAAGGCCAAAAAGAAGAUGAAAUCUCCAAAUCCAGAAGUUAGAAUUAGAUACAAGCUUGAAAAGGUAUUAAAAAGACUAAGCUGAUUGUUUACUUCCCUACUUGUAUUUCCUCAUAGCUUUUGUUUUUUUUAUUUUAUAUUCAUUGAUUCCAUGCAGAAAUUAGAAUAAUAGCCUCACAUAUCAGACAAAAUUUUGCGAAGCAAACAAUGCUUCUCCUUACCAACUGUUGGUCAUCCAGGCCAAAAGAAAGGAAGAGUGGCUGAUAGAGAAGCUGAGGAAAUACGAUAUCCCCAAAGGUCUUGAUCCCAUAUGCGACCCUGAAAUUAUGACUGAAGAGGAGCGGUUUUAUCUCAAGCGCACUGGUGAGAAGAAGAAGAAUUACGUGAAUGUGGGAAGACGUGGAGUUUUCGGUGGUGUGGUGCUGAAUAUGCAUCUUCACUGGAAGAAGCAUGAAACAGUAAAAGUAGUCUGCAAGCCUUGUAGACCAGGGCAAGUCCAUGAGUACGCUGAGGAACUAGCAAGGCUUAGUAAAGGCAUAAUUAUUGACAUAAAGCCUAACAAUACCAUUUUAUUCUAUCGCGGUAAGAACUAUGUGCAGCCCGAGGUCAUGUCCCCUCCUGGUACACUGUCAAAGCAGAAGGUAAUUCACUUUUAACAUGCUUCUUUUUCUAUAUAUAAAUAUAGCAUGUGUCUCCUAUUGCAUUUUGAUACGGGUCUUUCAAAUCAAACACCAAAAAAUAAACCACUACCCAUUUUCCUUUACCCCUGUAUACACACACACACACACACACACACAUAUAUAUAUAUAUAUAUAUCGAGAGAGAGAGAGAGUUUCUUGUUGGUUGCUGAAAUGGAUUUCCAAAAGAAACUAAGCCCCCCUCCCCCCCAGUUUGCUUUUCCGUGAUUUCAAUCAGAACUGAAACUUGCUCUCUGCUCGUCACCAUCGAUCUUGCUUCAUCUCUUCUUCAGGCUUUGGAGAAGUACAAGUUUGAACAGUCCCUCGAGCACACAGGCCGGUACAUCGAGAAACUGGAGUUGGAGCUGGAAGAGUACCAUAAAUACGUUGCUUCAUACAAGACCAGAGACAACCCCACAAGCCCAGUUUAA